AUGGCGAAGAAGGAGGGACCUUGCGGCCAUUGCGGAGUCACAAGUACUCCUCUCUGGCGAAAUGGGCCACCAGACAAGCCAGUUCUCUGCAAUGCAUGUGGGUCGAGAUGGAGGAUAAGGGGUACGUUGGUGAACUACACACCGGCGCAUCGCAGGGAAGAUACUGGCGCUAGUGAAGCUAGACCUGACAAGCUGAAGCUCAAGGGACAGAAACAGCCCAAGAAACGACCAAACCGCAGCACAGUGAAGGAUGAACCAUGGUCUGAUCAGAACUUCUGGAAGAUGGGAAAUGCGGACACAAGCAAUCGAUCUGGUUCUGGAUCAGCGGUAUCAUAUUCAGAGAGUUGUGCCCCGUAUGGUUCUAUUGAUGCAAGUGAAAUAGUCGGUUCAGCGCAGUCACAUGCUUGGGAGUCACUGGUACCAUCAAGAAAAAGGAGUUGUGUCAGUCGUCCUAAGCCUUCAGCGCUGGAAGCGCUUGUUGACGAUCUCAACUCCAUAAUGCACGAAGAGCAGUUAUAUUGCCUUUCAGCAGGAUCAACAGAGGAAGACCUACUUUAUCACAGCGAAACUCCUGCUGGAUCCUUUGAGAUCGGUUAUGGAAGCGUGCUCCUUCGACAUCCAAACACAAAAUCAGAGGAGGAAGAAUCAGAAGCGAACUCUGUUCCUGCAGAUACCAAGUCAUACAUUACAAGUGAAUCCUAUUCAGGUUGUGCCUCGUUCAUUGCGCAUAGUGAAAUCAAGGGAGCGAGCAACUCAAAUGCUGCAUCCGAGAAGCUAAAGUGGUCAUCAAUGCAGACACAUGACAGUGCUAGAAGGGAUGAGCUUCAUUAUUCGAACCAGCAUAUCCUGGAGAGCGCAGAUUCAGCUUUAGAUUCAGUAGCUUUAGAGGAUAAUUACAGCAAGGAAGUUGGAGGCCUUACCAAGUCCAGCAUGAGGUCUCUCAAAAGACCUUAUGAAAGCCAGCCGCAAAGCUUCACAGAUGCAGAAGUGAGAGGAGGAACCAUGAGAAUAGCUUCUUCGAGAUCCGGGGCUAUGGCUUCUUCUUGUCAGUUGAGAAGAAGCGCAUUUUUGCCGAAAUCUGGCAAUGCCACUGGAGCAUCACUCAACCUGUUCAUGUUAGCCCCAGAUAAAUUAUCGUCUAUGCUGAACCCCUCAGACAAAGAUUCUGACCAAGACUCGCUGCUGCUGGAGGUUCCUCGCAACGCGCGGCACCCUGAAGCAGAGCUUCUUCUCUGCUGCCCCCCACCAUCUCAGCUCAGCUCUGUGACCGUAACCGCAGCCUCUCCUCCGACUCCGAGCAACCAUAGUCCCGGUUCCGCUAGCGAUCAGCUUAGGAACAGGCAUCAGUGGUAG